AUGACGUGGGUGAGACUCUGCAGACCUGUGAGAUCCCUGCAGAGAUGCAGUUCAAGUUCUGCUGCAGAUGGGAGUCAGCCGGUGUUGAACCCAAUGAACAUCCAGCUACUGUCAAAGCCCCUUUCCGAGAAGAUUUUUGGCCCAGCUGCUGAUGCAGAGGAAGAUGCAGAAGCUGUGAAACGGUGUCAGAAGGAGCUGAAGCAGCAUGGUCUGUGGGAGGUUGCUCCUUCCCUCGCUCCUGAGAUCGCCUUCCCCUUGCCCAGACUCCGAGGCAAAGACAUUGCAGAGCACUUUGAGUCAAUUGCAGGCGAACAAGUCCAACCAUAUCGGCGCCUCUUGAGUAGGAUUCUUGAAGGAAAUGUUCCAGCAGUUCCUUCUCACUGGGUUUUUCAGGAAGGAUGGACCAAGUAUCACUCAGACGGAGUGGUGGAGCGACUGAAAUUCCCAGAUGACCCAGUGCUGUCAUUUGAUGUGGAAGUGUGCAUGAAAGAUGGAAAGGUUCCCACUCUUGCCACUGCUGUGUCACCUCAUGCAUGGUACAGCUGGUGUAGCAGUCGGUUGAUUUCCCCCCAUGUGAGAGUUGGGGACGAAGAAUACAUUCACCCACAUCUUCUCAUUUCAAUGCAGGAAUCUCAAGAGCCAUCUCUUAUAAUUGGUCACAAUGUCAGCUUCGACCGGGCAUACAUCUCAACUGAGUAUUCCUUAAGGCGUGGUGGGUGUCGCUUCCUGGACACGAUGUCUCUUCACAUAGCCAUAUGUGGACUGACAGGUUACCAGCAGGCUCUCUUUGCAGCUUCCAAGGGAACAUCUUCCAAAUCCAGGGGGAAGAAGGAAGAGAAUGCUGCACAAAAGCACUUUCGGGGUCCACCCUCUAAUCUUUGGAUGGAUGUUGCAUCCAUGAAUAAUCUCAAAGAUGCCUAUCAACUACAUGUAGGAGGAGCUGCACUAGAGAAGGAGUCUCGAGAUGUGUUCGUCAAAGGCACAUUGGAUGAUGUCAGGAAGGAGUUUCAGGGAUUGAUGUCAUAUUGUGCCCAGGAUGCCAGGGCAUCUCUUCUCCUCCUACGUGCUCUCUGGCCAGAGUUUCUUGAAAGGUUCCCCAGCACUGUGACCCUAGCUGGGAUGUUGGAGAUGGGGUCAAUGUACCUACCUAUCAAUCGAAACUGGAAUCGAUACCUCGAGGCAGCAGAGGAGACUUAUUCAGACAUGCAGACAGAGCUGAAACGUCUUCUUGGAAGGCAGGCUCAGGAUGCUUGUUCUCUCCUCCAUGAUGAAAGUUACAAAGAAGAUGUGUGGCUUUGGAACCUUGAUUGGACCAUCCAAGAUCUGAAAGUGAAAAAGACUAUAUCCAAGAGGAAACCCUCAGAAAAGAUUGAGGAAUUGAGGGAGAAGAGGAACCCUCUGUCAAAUCUCCUGAAAGAGAGCAGCUGUUCAGAGGUGCAGGCAGAAGAGGAACUUGCAAAGAAGUCUAUGGUUGCCUCCCACUUCCCUCACUUACUUGCUUCUCGUGACUCCUUGCACAAGCGGAGACCCUUUCUGCCUGGAUACCCAGCAUGGUAUCGCAACCUCUGCUCCAAGGAGAAUGGUAAUGGCCUGGAGCCAGAUCUCCUGAGCACAAGCAUGCAGCUUGUUCCUCGCCUUCUUCGCCUCACUUGGGAUGGCCACCCACUCCACUUUGACCCAGAACAUGGAUGGGGUUACCUUGUCCCCUCCUGUGUCAGCUCAUCACAUGAUUCUCCAAGCACAGACCCCAUGUUCCCCUAUCAGCAGUUGCAUGUACCAGAGGCUCAUGAAGAACAGAAGUCUGGUGAAGAAGGGAUAGAGAUGAUAUGGGAGAAACUCCUCAAGGGGGAUGUUGGGGAGGACCCUGCAGAUAUGGAGAGACUCUGGGCCGGUGUUCGUCUCCUCAACCAGCAGUUGCAUGUACCAGAGGCUCAUGAAGAACAGAAGUCUGGUGAAGAAGGGAUAGAGAUGAUAUGGGAGAAACUCCUCAAGGGGGAUGUUGGGGAGGACCCUGCAGAUAUGGAGAGACUCUGGGCCGGUGUUCGUCUCCUCAACCAAAAGUUGGCUGAGAAGCAUGAAAAAAGGAAGAAGGGGAGAAAAGGAAAAGUAGAGGAACACCAGGAAGAAAAUAAAAAGAAAGAAAGUGGGAUCGACAUAGGGCUGCCUGGCUGCCUCUUUCGUCCUCUUCCACACAAGGAUGGGCCAGGGAAGCGGGUGGGCAACCCAUUGUCCAAGGACUUUCAGAGCAAGUGGGAAGAUGGAACCCUUUCAACUGCAGCAGGAAAAUCAGCUGAGCAAGCCCUCAGGCAUGAGACAAGUCACAUGCUGACAUACUGGCGAAAUGCACGAGAUCGCAUUUUGGACCAGAUAGCUGUUUGGUGGCUCCCUGAGGACAUCCCACAUCAUAUCAAUGGUCACACUCUCAUUGAACCAUCAGCAACCUAUGGUGCCAUUUUGCCUCAGGUGGCAGUGUGUGGGACAGUGACACGAAGGGCAGUGGAGGCUACCUGGUUGACAGCAUCUAAUGCAAGCUCCCUACGCCUUGGCUCUGAGCUGAAAGCCAUGAUUCAGGCUCCACCUGGCUUCCACUUUGUUGGGGCUGAUGUUGAUGCCCAGAUUUGGAUCCUCUGUAAUCAGGAAUUGUGGAUAGCUGCUCUUAUUGGAGAUGCCCAUCAAGGAAGGAUGCAUGGCUGCACACCCUUUGGAUGGAUGACGCUUCAGGGAAAGAAAAGCACUGGAACAGACCUGCACAGUCAGACAGCACUGGCCAUUGACAUCUCUCGGGACCAGGCCAAGGUCCUGAAUUAUGCAAGGAUCUAUGGAGCUGGGAUGUCUUUUGCCCAACAGCUUCUCAGGCAGUUCAACCAUCGCCUCACACCUGAUGAUGCCCGUGCCAAGGCCACCACUAUCUACACCAAAACCAAGGGUGUGAGGAAAUACAAGCUGAAUGGAGAGGGGAAGAGGCUGGCAAAUGAGGCAGGUUUGUCUUACUCAGAUGAGCCUUGGUCCAGGUCACAGGUGAACCAGCUCCUGCGGCUUCACUCCUCAAAUAAGAGCCUGGAGGAGGUGGUAGAGGAGGGCCGGGUGUGGGUCGCUGGGACUGAGAGUGCUAUGUUCACUGAGCUGGAAGCCAUUGCCCACAGUGAUGAGCCGAGGACACCUGUUCUCAAGGCCAGGAUCACCCGGGCACUUGAGCCGCUCUAUGUCGACCAUGAUUUUCUGACCAGUCGUGUGAACUGGGUGGUCCAGAGCUCAGCAGUGGAUUACCUCCAUCUGCUUCUUGUUGCCAUGAAUCAUCUCUUCACUUCAUAUGGAAUCCAAGGCCGAUUUGCCAUCAGCAUUCAUGAUGAGGUUAGGUAUCUAGUUGCCAGUGAACACAGAUACCGAGCAGCCCUUGCACUCCAGGUUGCUAAUCUGUGGACUAGAGCAAUGUUUGCAUUCAAGUUGAACAUCCCCAAUCUCCCUCAGUCGGUAGGAUUCUUCAGUUCAGUGGAGGUGGACCAAGUCCUAAGAAAGGACUGUCGUGAUGACUGCCGGACACCAUCUAACCCUCAUGGCCUCCAUCGAGGAUUUGGGAUCCCUCCUGGGGAAUGGGACCUUUAGGUCCUGUAGGAA